UCAGAUUUACAGACUUUUGUUACCCUGUCUAAAGAUAUUUGAAAUUUUUACCUGGCAUCUCUGAUCAAGCCGAUUUAUAGCGAAAAGCAAAUGUUUAUUUUGUAAAUUGAAUAAAAUCACACGAAGUAAAAUGGAAUUCAGCUUCGAACGAGAUGGGAUACUGAAAGACCUAAAAGAGAAUGAAUCAGAAAACAAUCCUGAAGCCUUUUCUAUAUCGUCCGCUCCAACAAUUGAUUCCCCCAUAAAACUAGAAUAUCAGAUUUGUGAUGAGGAAUUUACACAGAAAAGUGAUCUUCAUAAAGACGUCUUAGUACCUAAAGGGAAACCGGUUUAUUGUUGCGAACUUUGCGGGGAACAAUUUUCAAUUAAGAAAGCCCUGAAAAAGCACAUGAUCGUUCAUAAUGAACACCAACAAUUCAAAUGUAAUAUGUGUGGCAAAGAGUUUCGGUAUCAUCAGCAAUUAAAGGACCACACAAAUAUUCACACUGGUGAGCGUCCGUACAAUUGCACUGCAUGCGAAAAAAAAUUUUCGUCUAAAAAGUUGCUUGGUCAACACAUGCUCAUUCACACAAGCCAGCGGUCGUACAAAUGCAUUGUAUGCGGGAAAGAAUUUUCUAUCAAACGUUAUCUAACUAAUCACAUGUCUUUUCACCAAAGUUUGUACAAAUAUAAAUGCGAAGUGUGUGGCAAAGGCUUUAAUGAUGCUGUUUGCAUCACGAAACACAAACGCAUUCAUACAAACAAGAGGUUUAAAUGCACCAUAUGCGAGAAAGAUUAUUCCUAUAAGAGUCUUCUCAUCAGACACAUGAAAAUUCAUUUGGAUAAUUACGAGCAUAAGUGUGAUGUGUGCGGCAAAGGAUUCAACUGCAAAUCAGAUUUGAAAGACCACGAACAUAGUCACACAGGUGAACGGCCUUACAAAUGCACUGUAUGUGGAAAAGAUUUCCAAGGUAAACCAAAUUUUACUCUACACAUGCAACUUCACACAAGCGAGCGACCAUACAAAUGCACCCUAUGUGGCAAAGAUUUCGUCGUUUUGGCUUACCUAACUAGACACAUGCGUAUUCACACGAAUGAUUAUAGGCAUAAGUGUGAUGCGUGUGGCAAAGGAUUCCGGAGCAGAUUAUGCUUGAAAGACCAUGAACACAGGCAUACAGGCAAGCGACCAUACAAAUGCACCGUAUGUGGGAAAGAUUUCUCCAUCAUGGCUUAUCUAACUAAACACAUGCUCACUCACACGGAUGAUUAUAAGAAUAAGUGUGACGUUUGUGGCAAAGGAUUUGUGACCAGACCACUCUUGGAAGAUCAUAAACGCCUUCAUACAGGAGAGCGACCGUUCAAAUGCAUUGUAUGCGGAAAGGAAUUUGCCUCUAAGGAUUACUUAACUAAACACAUGUCUACUCACCAAAGUGAAUACAAAUAUAAGUGCGAAGUGUGUGGCAAAACCUUCUAUCGUAGUGCUAACCUGGCAAGACACAAUCGCAUUCAUAUGAAUGAGAAGAUUAAAUGCACCAUCUGCGAAAAAGAUUAUUCCGGUAAGUCUUCAUUCAGCAGACACAUGAAACUUCACGGGGAUGGUUACGAGCAUAAAUGUGAUGUGUGCGGCAAACAAUUCAUCUCUAAAUUACUUUUGCAAGAUCACAACAAUAUUCACACAGGAGAGCGAUCUUUCAAAUGCACCGUAUGUGGAAAAGAAUUUGCGAUGAAUGGUUCUUUAAAAAAACACAUGUCUAUUCAUCAAAAUGAGAACAAAUAUAAGUGCGAAGUGUGUGGCAAAGGCUUUUAUGAUAGGGCAAACUUAGUGAAACACAAACGCAUUCAUACAAACGAGAAGUUUAAAUGCGCCAUAUGCGAGAAAGAUUAUUUCUGUAAGUAUAAACUUAGCAGACACAUGAAAACUCAUUCGUUAUGAUUACUGAAAUGUAUAACACUUUUAAUGUAAUACAUUUAUUUGGUUUAAAAAUCAGCAUUAAUCAAGUAACGCAUUAUAACGCGUUGUAAAUGAAGAAGUAUAGUAAGAAUAGUAAAUACAGCUGAAA